UCUGGACAUGUGUCGGCACACACAACAACAGCAGCCUCUUUUUACUGAUAAAUUAGAACCUUGCCCUCUUUAUUGUGCAACAGUUGUUAUCUUCCGCACAGGUGUGUUAGUGCCGCUGGUCCGAUAGUGUGUAUGAGUGACAACGACGCAGCCGCCGUGCGGAACGACAACCCAGCUGGAAAUAACCACCCCGCGCUGCUCGAGUGUUGCGGAGGGCUCAACAACGUCGAUUACUCCAAGAUGGAUUUGACGCUGAUGGAAGCCUUCCUAAAGCGCAUUAAUGUUUAUGACUCCCGCUUGUGUGUUGCUGUGAUUGCCAUCAUUUUUAACCCUUUAUUUUGGAAUGUGGUGGCGAGAUGGGAGCAUCGUACACAAAGACUCUCCAGGCUUUUUGGCAGCCCCUACCUGGCCUGUUGCUGCCUGGGCUUCGUCAUUAUACUUCUCAACAUUUACCGCAGCCACAGUAUGACAGUGGCGAUGAAGGCCCAGGCCAGGUGGGAGUUGAUGGAGAGGACGGAGGUUUUCUACACUGGGAUAGCUUUUAUGGUGUUUGGCACCCUGCUUGUAGUCAGCAGCUUCCUUGCUCUGGGAUUCACUGGAACCUUCCUCGGUGACUACUUUGGCAUUCUGAUGGACGAGAAGGUGACGGGCUUUCCUUUCAACAUCACAGAGAACCCAAUGUAUUGGGGCAGCACAGCCAACUACCUUGGCCUGGCACUCAUUGGUGCCAGUCCUGUUGGCCUAGUUCUUACUGCUAUAGUGGCCGUGGCUUACAAGGUGGCAAUAACCUUUGAAGGACCUUUCACCGAACAGAUCUACAAAGAGAGGAGUCAGCGCCGCAAACAUGAAUAAUCUCUCCAAGACACUUCCCGCUUUGGGUUGAGGAUUCCCGUCCUCCUGUGUGAACAGACUGAGUGCUCGGUCAUUAAUCGACCUCCUGCAUGGAUACAAAGGAAACAUUCCCACUGUUGUUCAGUUAAAAGUGUUUUUGUGAAAGGAGAAUCUACAUGGAGCCAUUUUUUUCUAAUGUGUUUGUGAACCAAAUGACUGUGACAUACUUUAAAUGUGCUAAAAAUGUCUGUUUAAAGGAACCGAUCCUUUAGAAAUAAGAUUAUAUUCCCACCAUAUAUCAAAAGCAAGCUUCAGUUGGAGCUGUUUGAAGUCUCAUAAAUUGCCUCAAAUGAGUUCCAUUAGUGUUGGUUGGUGCCUGAAGACCAAUGAAAAAAGUCUGAGUAUGUGGAAAAUACAGUGUGCUUACAGAUCAGUGUGUCUCCCAACACAUCUGUGCUUGAAGCUAGCAACUUGAGGCUCCCUUAACUACUGCUAGCUCAACACCCGCAAAUCUGUACUCUGUAUGGCAGGCAAUAUAGGAGUCGGCUUUUUACAAGAAGGGGUAAUGCAUGAAAUACAAGUUGAUACCUCUGGUGGUGCUGCACCGUGAGUUAGACGGGUUGAGCCAGAAGGCAAAUCGCUUAGUUUAGCAUAAGGGCUAAACUAAGCUCUGCCUGACCUAUCAGCAUUUUUAAUGCUCACUUGUAUGUAAAUGAUAUGCCAGCUUAAUCAAAAUAAGGUGAGAAAUACUCAGUUUCUAGCCCUUAUGCUAAGCCAACAUAAACACAUAUUAAUCUUCUAACUCUCAGCGAGAAGCCAGUCUCUACUGUUUGGCUACAUUUCUACUGUACGUAGUGAAAACUGAACACAAAUCAUAAAGAUCAGCAACAGAAAACAGGAAGUAUACUUCAAGGACGUUAUUGCACAGAAAUCAAUUCAAUUCAGGACAAACCUGCUGCUGCAACAUACAUGCAUAACUGCCCGGUAAAAAUAUUAAAUAAUUUUUUUUUUAAAUCUCUUUGAUAAUCUACUUCUAUCGUUUUUUUUUUUUCUUUUUUAGCAGCAAACAGAAGAAAUCAUUAUUCAAGGUAACACAGAGGCGGGAAUACUGCAGGGAUACUAAAGUGCUUUGUUCAGUGGAGAUGGACCAGAAAAUUAUGCAAGUGAGCCAGAAUGUAUAAUUCAGAGGCAUUUGAAGUGACUCAAGUGGACUGGAGGAAUUAAUAUUAGUCAUCGAUAACCUUUUUAAUUACAGCUGUGUCCCAGUGACCCAUUGAUUUGAAUUGCAUAAUUCUCCAAAGUUGUCGUCUGUGCUUUUUUCCAGUUGAAUUAUUGAAUUUUUAAGGGAUCGGCCAAGACUGAAAGCACGGUGAAACAAGAUUCCCGUUUAAUUUCAGUUCAUUAAAAAUCCACACGAUAACUACCAGUGAUGUAAACACUGCGCUUUGUUUGUAAAGGAAUCUGUUCUUGGAUCAGCUGCUGAGAAUAACAUUUUCAAUGUCCUUUAAAGUAAAGCAAUUUAUAGUAAAGGUAUAAUUGUACUUUUAUAUACUUAGUAUACUUUGUUUUGCAGUAAAAAAAAUCCCAGAGUAAACACUGGCAUCGCUGUGGCUGCACACACUGUGUGAGCAUUUCAGUUUUGAGAUAUAUGGUGCUGUAUGACAUAAAUCAUUUCAAACAUCAGAGGAGCUGUUAGUGCAUCCAUGCAAAUCAUUGCAAACUGAACAAUACACACUGCCUGGCCCUGUACUUUAUGUUAAUUAGACAUUUUAUGUAAUAAAAGAAUGAGUCAGGGUGCAAAGCACUGGUCUCUUCGUGUUUCAAGAAAUACAUCCUACUAAUGGAAGCACUUAAGGCAAGACUUUGCACAUCUACCUCUAAAAGGGCAGAUGAGUCUCUGAAAAAGGGGGACUGUGUAUGAAAAUGCCUUUAGCUCCUAAACAGUGCAGUACUUUUAUUAAACCCCCAAGAAUUAGAGCUGAAAGUUGAAGAUGGUUGGAUUUAAAGUCCACUGUGGUGCUGUACAGUGGCAAAAGUACAUUGUCUAGAAGCAUAAGCCAAAUCAUAUUUCUAGGUAUGAGCAACACACCAGAAUGUCCAGCACAGUCCAGUGAACACUUGUACUGGGAUAUUUGGAAUGUGUGCAAGUAUUUUAUUAUGUAAAAUUGAAGAAAAACAGAUUUUUGAUAUACAUAAAUGUAAAUUUGUUAAUUUGGUAUAUUGUCACCAAUGCAUAAAAUGUCAUUACAUUUUACAAGAUUGCUCAGAGAUGUCCUCAUGCUUCUUUCAUUUGACUGCACAGUGGCUUCAAGUGUUUGUGCAGUUAAAGUCAAAGGAUCAAAUUAUGCUGAAACAAAUGUGCUAACCAGUGAUUAUCAUCUCUCUCCCGACAGUUUGUGUUCUGUCCUGCUUCCCCGUGUUCUUCUUUCUUGUUUUCUUGUCCCUCGCCUCGCAGCACAUGGCUGCCCCUCACCCAGCCCGGUUCUGCCAGAUGCUUCUUCCUGUUAAAAGCGGGUUUUUUUUUCUUUCCCACCGUCGCCCAGAGUUUGCUCAUAGGGGAUCGUCUGAUUGUUGGGAAUUCCCCCCUAAGACUGCAGGAUCGUUCCUUUGCAGUAUAAAGCUCCUCGAAGCAACUGUUGCUGUGAUUUGGCGCUACAUAAAUCCACGUGAAUUGAGUUGAAACAAAUGAGCAACUUUUACGGGUCAAUGUAAAGAUUUCAUUUACCUAAUGUGCUAAA